UUGUACCAGUAAUAUUUAAAAGACAUGGCCGCGUCUAAUUAUUCCUUGAAGGUCAACAGAGACUUGUUAGACCCAAACUUUGAAAGUUACAGGUUAUCUCUGGACGCCAUACCGACGUACAACGUAGAACUGGAUGCUGCUGUGGAGGAAGUUAAACUGAAGGAUACUCAGUACACCCUGGAGCAUAUGCGUGCUUUUGGCAUGUACAAUUACCUGCAAUUAGACCCUUGGUAUGAAGAUAGUGUUUUGUUUGUGGACUGCAAAGGACGGGUUCUCAGUCUCACUGUCACCCUGGACACCGCCCUGGGGAAGGCGAGAGAAGUCUUCCAUAUAACUGAGUCCAGCCAGUGUGAGGAUCGUCUUUGUGCAUCCUUGAGUCUCACUUCAGCGACCUGGGCCGCUCUCUCUGAUGGCACCGGCCGACUGUACGUCCUCCGCACCAGCAAGAGGGGAGACAGCUCCCACAUGAAGUGGGAACCGCUGUUCAGUGAAGUCCUGGGGGAGCCUUUCAUCAUCCUCCACAGUAUCUCGCAUGUCCAGGCUGGAGUCCACAACAUGGAGGUUCUGCUGCUCCGCGUCCAAAAAGACCCGCAGGAAACCAAAGGAAGCGGAUACUCGGUUUCUCUCGAGUGGAUCACAGUUGCCAACACCGCAGGACAUGUUCAAGAGAAGAAGUAUGAGGUGACGAAGAGGAGGGUCCUCAGGGGGAAGUCGGUGCCUCACUACGCAGCAGUGGAGCCACAGGGGAAGGGGCUAAUGGUGGCCUCGGAGAAACCGUUUCUCUUCACACAUGUGGACGGUCAACCUGUGGAGCAGCCCGAGCCAGAGCCCAUGGAGGUGGAGAAGACAGAUCCCAUUUACUUCUGGCAGCAGACAGCGGAGGACCUCACUGUGUGUGUGCGCAUGCCUGAGGGUGUCACCAAAGAGGAGGUGUGGUUCAGACUGACAGCAGACAACAUCAGCAUUGGAGUUCAAGGGUUCCCCCCCCUGCUGGAGGGCCAGCUGUUCACAUCUGUAGACCCCGAGGCCAGUGCCUGGAUCAUCAAGAAUGAAAAAAGUCUGGAGGUGACCCUGCAGAAGCGCAGUGAGGGACCAAUGUGGCCGGAGCUGGUGAUGGGUGACAGGAGAGGGGAGUACGUGAUGAGCGAUGAGCAAGCAGCCCUCAUCUGUGAGAGGCUGGCACACCUCACCUCUGAAGAGCUGAAUGGAAACCCUGACAGGGACAAGACCCCUUGUAAUUCUCAGGAGCUGGAGGAUUGUGAUGGUUUCCCAGAAGACAGCUUCAGCCUCGUACACUUUGACGGAGAAUCUCUCAGGCCCACUCAGGUGGUGAAUCUGGGCAGCCAUCAGUACCUGUUCACAGUAGACGUGAACCCAUCUGAAAUGCCUUGCCUCUGCCUCCGACAUGAUGUGGAUGCUCUGGUGUGGCAGCCCCAUCCUGACCAACCCAGUAACAUGUGGGAACACGUCGCCACGUUCAACGCGCUGGGCUAUGUCCAGGCAUCCAAACGGGAUAAAAAGUUUGCCACCUGCGCUCCAAAUUUCUCCUAUGCAUCACUGUGUGAGUGUCUCCGCCGUGCAUUCAUCUACCGGCAGCCAUCCCCAGUGGAGACUGUCCUGUUCAACAGGAAACAGGGCCGUCAGGUAGGACAGGUUGCCAAGCAACAGGUGACCAGCCUGGACUCGGACAAACCCAUCCUAGGCUUCAGAGCAACCAAUGAGAGACUGUACAUCCUGACCUCCAGUAACCUCUUUGUUCUAAAGGUCAAUAAUAAUUAGAUUUGGGACUUUGUUAGAUUUCUGUUAAUCUCAUUAGCCCCUGAACGGAGGAUGGGUUUUCUGCUAAAACCCCAAUAAAGGGAUGAAUUCUGUUCUUCAGUUCCCUCAUGUUUUGCUUUUCAUGAGCCUUCAUUUACAAUGUAAAGUCAAGAAGUAAGGAACCAUGUUCAGAAAGACCAGUCAUGCUAAACAUUCAUUAGAGAUGGCUUUUUUGUAAAUUCAUUAAAGAAAUGAAUGUCAGCGAUUAAAGAGUAAUGAGUCACAUUUAAUAAUACUGAUGAUAGUGCAUUAUUACAGCCAUUU